AGCGCGAGAGGUCGGAGGUCACAGGGCGGGGUCCGCGCCCGCCGCUCGCUCCGCCGCUGCCUCGCGGCUCUCAGCCUGGUCGCCUCAGCGUCGUCCGCCCUGCAUCCCGCCGACUUACAGGGGCGGCUCCGCCUCAGCGCCGAGGAUGGGCCUGGAUCAGGAGCCGGCCGCGGGCGCCGCGGAGGACUCGCCGGAGGACUCGCCGGAGGAUGGGGCCCCGGCCCGCGGCGGCACCUUCGAGGCUUUCGGCGACAGCGCGGAGACGCGCGCGCUGCUGGGCCGCCUGCCCGAGGUGCUCGGGGACUGCGCGGCGCGGGAGAGCGCCCUGCAGCGGUUCCGAGUGAUAAUGGACAAAUACCAGCAGCAGCCUCACCUGUUGGACCCACACCUUGAGUGGAUGAUGAACUUGUUGUUGGAAAUAGUGCAAGAUAAGACAUCUCCAGUUGACCUCGUACAUCUGGCUUUUAAAUUUCUUUACAUCAUCACCAAGGUUCGAGGAUAUAAAACAUUUCUUCGUUUAUUUCCUCAUGAAGUAGCUGAUGUGCAGCCUGUUUUAGACAUGUUUACAAACCAGAAUCCUAAGGACCAUGAAACUUGGGAGACCCGCUACAUGCUUCUACUGUGGCUCUCCAUGACCUGCCUGAUCCCUUUCGAUUUUACACGCCUUGAUGGGAACCUUCACACCCAACCAGGGCAAACACGAAUGUCCAUAACCGACCGUAUUCUCCAAAUAGCACAGUCCUACUUGGUUGUCAGUGACAAGGCCCGAGACGCCGCUGCUGUCCUCGUGUCCAAGUUUAUCACACGGCCCGAUGUCAAACAGAAGAUGGCGGAUUUCCUGGACUGGAGCCUGUGCACUUUGGCCCGCUCCUCCUUCCAGACCAUCGAGGGUGUCAUCACCAUGGAUGGGAUGCUGCAGGCCCUGGCACAAAUAUUUAAGCAUGGAAAACGUGAUGACUGUUUACCCUACGCUGCCACUGUUCUCAAGUGCCUGGACGGCUGCAGGAUCCCUGACAGCAACCAGACUCUGCUCCGGAAACUCAGGGUGAAGCUGGUGCAGCGGCUGGGCCUGACCUUCCUGAAACCCAGGGUGGCGAAGUGGAGGUACCAGCGUGGCUGCCGCUCCUUGGCUGCUAACCUGCAGGCCAGCACCCAGAGCCAGAGGGAGGCCCGGGCGCACGUCGAGACUCCGGACAGCGAGGAGGGCUAUGAUGUCCCCGAGGAGGUGGAGAGUGUCCUAGAGCAGCUGCUGGUCGGGCUGAAGGACAAGGACACGGUCGUGCGGUGGUCUGCGGCCAAAGGAAUUGGCAGGGUGGCUGGCAGACUUCCCCAGGAGCUGGCGGAUGACGUGGUGGGGUCGGUGCUGGACUGUUUCAGUUUCCAGGAGACGGACAACGCCUGGCAUGGUGGAUGUCUGGCACUGGCAGAACUGGGCAGAAGGGGCCUGCUGCUCCCUCCCCGACUCCCGGACGCCUGUCUUCUCUGCCCAGUGGUUCCUGUGAUCCUGAAGGCGCUGACCUACGAGGAGAAGCGGGGCGCCUGCAGUGUGGGUGACAACGUCAGGGAUGCUGCCUGCUACGUGUGCUGGGCCUUCGCACGUGCCUACGAGCCUCAGGAGCUGAAGCCCUUCGUGGCCAGGAUUUCAAGCGCGCUGGUCAUUGCCACGGUAUUCGACCGGAACGUGAACUGCAGGAGGGCCGCCUCGGCUGCUUUCCAGGAGAAUGUGGGAAGACAGGGCACUUUCCCUCAUGGGAUUGAUAUUUUGACCACUGCUGACUAUUUUGCUGUCGGUAACAGAUCUAACUGUUUCCUGGUUAUAAGCAUGUUCAUUGCCGGCUUCCCUGAGUACACACGGCCAAUGAUAGACCACCUGCUCACCAUGAAGAUCAGCCACUGGGAUGGGGUCAUCAGAGAGCUGUCAGCAAAGGCGCUGCAUAACCUGGUCCAGCAGGCGCCCGAGUACAGUGCUGCUCAGGUUUUCCCACGCCUGCUGUCGAUGACGCAGAGUACGGACCUGCACACGCGGCAUGGGGCUGUGCUCACCUGUGCUGAGGUCGCCCACAGCCUGUACAGACUGGCUGUGCGGGAGGACAGGCCUGUCGCGGACUACCUGGAUGAGACGGUGGUGCAGGGCCUGAAGCAGAUUCACCAGCAGCUUUAUGAUCGUCAGUUAUACAGGGGUCUCGGAGGAGAGCUCAUGCGACAAGCAGUGUGCGUUUUAAUAGAAAACCUGUCCCUCUCCAAGAUGCCCUUCAGGGGUGACGCCGUGAUCGAUGGUUGGCAGUGGCUGAUAAGCGACACCUUGAGAAACCUCCACCAUGUGUCCAGUCAUUCCAGGCAACAGAUCAAGGAAGCAGCUGCCUCCGCCCUGGCUGCUCUCUGCAGCGAGUACUACACGGAGGAGCCCGGGAAGGCGGACUCCGCCGGGCAGGAGGGGCUGGCAGAGAAGUAUCUCGCCGAACUGCAGAGCCCGGAGGAGAUGACGCGCUGCGGCUUCGCCAUGGCCUUGGGCGCCCUCCCAGGCUUCCUGCUGAGAGGCAGGCUCCAGCAGGUUCUCGCGGGGUUAAGAGCCGUCACCCUCUCCUCGGAGGACGUGAGCUUCGCGGAGUCCCGGCGGGAUGCCGUGAAGGCCAUCGCCAGGAUUUGCCAAACUGUCGGUGUGAGAGCAGAAGGGACCCCGGAUGAGGUCGUGUGCAAAGGGAACGUGUCCCAGAUUUAUAGCACGCUGCUGGACUGUCUGCGCGACUACACCACCGACAGCCGCGGGGACGUGGGCGCGUGGGUCCGCGAGGCCGCCAUGACCAGUCUGAUGGACCUGACACUUCUACUGGGGAGGGACCAGCCAGAGCUGAUCGAGGCUCCCACCUGCCAGCGGGUCAUGUGCUGCCUGGCCCAGCAGGCCAGCGAGAAGAUAGACCACUUCCGUGCACACGCCGCCCACGUGUUCAUGACGCUGCUGCACGCGGCCGGCUCAGCCGGCCCCACCGUCCCCCACGUGCCCCACCGGGCAGAACUGGAACAACUCUUCCCCAGGUCUGAGGCCGCCUCUGUCAACUGGACCGCACCAUCCCAGGCCUUCCCUCGCAUCACCCAGCUGCUGGGGCUGCCUGCCUACCGCUACCAUGUGCUGCUGGGGCUGGCCGUGUCCGUGGGUGGCCUCACAGAGUCCACGGGUAUCUGUGCCGCUGCUCAAGAUGCUGGACCAGAUGCUGGCCAAUGGCUGCUUCGACAUCUUCACGGCAGAGGAGGAGUGAGUGUUCGUUUCUUCCUGCGUCGGCUGCUUGACCGCUGAAGCCUCGUGAUUCAUCUUCUAAAGAAACAGCGAUCAGGCCAGAGAUCAGAAUUUUAGGGAUUAUUUCCUAGUGUGUUCAGGUCGGUUUCUACAUGCCCUGUAAAUGCCCCCGUGAGGCUGGCUGGGCAGCUGAGGGGGGAGCAGCGACGGGCCUGUGGCUGCCGCAGUGGACGGAGCAGAGGCCAGCUGGGUGGAGGCACCGGGUGUGGCAUCUGUGGCCUCUGCUGGUUCCUCUCAGGUUUGUUUGGGACUGUUUCCUCUUCGCUGUUCUCUUCAUGGUCACCCUGUCCGUCUAAUUUUCAGUAUUUCUCUCUCUUCCUGGACAAUUCCAAGGACUUGGAACACGAUGGGUCCAUCUGCAUUUUUAGUUGUUGUUUUGUUUUAGUGUUUGUUACCCACAGUUUUACUACUUUUUUGUCUCUCAUUGCUCCCAAAUCCCUACCUGGGGUCUUGUUCUUUCUGCCUAAUGAACAUUCUUCAGAAUUUCUCCUAGUGAGGUCUGCUGGUAAAUGCUUUCUCGUGUUCAUUUGCAGUGUUUUUCACAGAACUCUAGGCAGCUGUUUUAUUUCAGGACUUAAAAAAUGUUUCCUUGCCUGGUUGGUGUGGCUCAGUGGUUGGAGUGUCAGCCUUCACAUCGAAGGGUCGAAGGUUCAUUUCCUGGUCCAGGGCACAUACCUGGGUUGCAGUUCAAUCCCCGGCCCUGGUCAGGGUGGUCAGGGUGCAGGAGGCAACCAACCAAUUGGUCUCUCUCCCCCCCCCUCCUCCCUCUCCCUCCCCUCUUCUUCCUCCCACUCUUUCUCUAAAAAAAAAGUCAGUGGGGAAAAAUACACUCAGGUGGGGAUUAGCGUGUACACACACACACACACACACACACACACACACACGUGUUUCGUUUAUUCCAACGCCUCCUGUAACUCUCGGCGUCACCUCUGUCUCAGGGGGGGAGCCUUUUUCCUGCCGAGGGCCACGUGGAUAUUUGUACUCAUUGUGGGCCGUACAGAAUUACCCACGGAAACAUUACCUCUGUAUUUGGGCAAACAUUUCAUUAACUCGCCCCUCAUGCCUUGGCAGGGCCAGACCGAAGGAGCUCUUGGGCUGCACACGGCCCGCGGGCUGGCCGUUCCCGCCCCGGUCUGGACGCCUGGGCCUUUGGAAGCGGUCUGGGUGUUUCCUGCCCCUCGUACGAUUUCCUCCUUGGCGUCCCUGUGUUCCUCAUGUGCCUGGCUGUCAGGUUUCCUGCAUGUGUCUUAAUAGGGAUUUGUUAAACUCGGCUCUGUGGUUCCCUUGGUUUUCAUUUGUUCUAGGAAGUUUUUAGCUGUCCCACCUCUUGGGGUUUUGUCCUCGGGGCACUAGCCCCCCCCACACCCCCAAUUCUCGGGGAUCCCACCGUGCCUGCUGCACCCCUGCACCGGCAGCCGUUCCUGCCUUUGCGCCAUCGCUCGGGUCUGUCUCCACCUGCUGGUGUCUGAGACGGGCCAUCCCUGCCUCGUGUGUUUGUACAGGACCUGUUUUUGGGUUUUGUAGUUUUCAGGUGUCUCUGCGCAUCUGGUUUGUUUCCAGAUCGGAAGGGUCCCUUACGCUUCCCUGCAGUUCCUGCCGGGUCUGCCCUCUCCCGUCCGCUGUCUUCUGUGUGGCUCUGGGCUGCAGUCCUCAUGGGGUUCCCAUGCAGUUUCUAGUUUCCCCAUGGGUCUCAUUACUUGUGGUCUGGAUGUUGCGUCUGAAAUGUCAUGUGAAAGGAGCCUGAGGCCUGAGAAGACGACGCUGCAGGCGGGACUCCGCUCCCCUUGCAGGCGUGAGAGGGCAGCAGCCAGUGGGAAGGGUCUCUGGACUGUGAGGUCCGCAGCGGCUGGGCCGCCGCACCCGCUGGGCCAGGCUUCUGCUGCUGCCUGAUGGGCGCUGGUUGCGCGGCACCAGAGCCAGUUAAGGUGACCUGGUCGUCACACCCCCUGCCUGUGCUGUCCUUGCAGCCACCCCUUUUGUGUGAAGCUGCUGGAGCUUUGUAAGGCGGAAACCAGCAAGUCCAAGGACGUCCAGAAACUGCGGUCCAGCAUCGCUGU